ACCCCCUACCGUUCAGGUAUGAUACGGCAUAAAAAUAAAUAAUCCUCUUGGUUCUUCAUCCUAUCAUACCUUCCUACCCCCCUCUUCAUAACAAGAGCAUAACACCAACAACCACCGAAAUGUUCCGCCCUCUCCGUCUCCGGAGGUUCCCCCAUUUCCCGCUUCGCACCACCACUGCCAUAUUCAAACACACCAGCCUUGCCCGCACAAUAGCAACCCACUCGCACCCACACUUCGAAUCCACGGUUUCCACAAUCCGCAGCACGGUGGAUACGUCGUCUCCGGAAUUCAGAGGAAAUGCCGCACAGAUGGCGGCAAUCAUUUCUUCCCUGCGCUCCCUCCACGAGCGCAUAAAACUCGGUGGGCCCGAGAAGGCGCGAGAGAAGCAUUUAGUGAGGAAGAAGAUGCUGCCGAGGGAGUAUAUUUCUCCCUCUCAUCCUCUUUUCCUUGCUAGUUUUUCAGGGAGGGAGAAACUAACAGAGUGACGGUGGGUGGAAGUCGUAUUACCGCAUUGCUGGAUAUCGGAUCGGCGUUCCUGGAAUUGUCACCGCUGGCGGGGCAUCAGUUGUAUCCUGGGGAGGACGUCCCUGCCGGAGGGAUAAUCACCGGGAUUGGAAGGGUUUCCGGAGUGGAGUGUAUGAUUGUUGCUAAUGAUAGCACGUACGUGUCCCCCCUCCCCCUUACAUGAAUCACGAGAAUAGCUGUGCUAAAGGAACGGGUAGAGUUAAAGGAGGAACAUACUACCCGAUAACUGUAAAGAAGCAUAUUCGUGCGCAAGCAAUUGCUCAGGAAAAUAGUCGGUCCCCUCUCCUCUGAUCUCCAUUCUGGUGGUUGUUCAAUUGCUCAUCUACUGGUGGAAUAGGACUACCAUGUAUCUACCUCGUCGACUCUGGUGGUGCGAACCUCCCCCACCAGGCAGACGUAUUCCCGGACCGCGACCACUUUGGCCGUAUCUUUUACAAUCAAGCUAGAAGUACCCUCCCAAUUCCUCCCUUCCUUCUAACACUUGAAGCCCGAUAUAAGACUAACCGCCGAGUGAUACUCAGUGUCUGCCGACGGAAUUCCCCAAAUAUCCGUAGUAAUGGGCCCAUGCACUGCCGGGUAUCUCCCUACCCCACCCCGCCCCUAUCUCCCCCCACUAACAGUGUGUGUGUAUAGAGGAGCAUACGUCCCAAGCAUGUCCGACGAAUCUAUAAUCGUAGAAAACUCUGGAACAAUCUUCCUCGCCGGCCCGCCCCUGGUGAAAGCUGCCACGGGCGAGGAAGUAACGGCUGAAUCCCUCGGCGGCGGAUCCCUACACUCAAAAGUCAGCGGCGUAACGGACUACCUUGCGGUAUCGGACGCCCACGCACUGGUGCUAGCACGGCGUUGCAUCGCGAACCUAAACUACCCCACCAUGGCCAGCGUGGAAGCGCCGACGGUAAAGGACCCGCUAUACGACCCAUCGGACCUCAGCGGCAUCGCAAGCACAAACCUCCGCAAGCCGAUAAACCCCUACGACAUAAUCUCCCGCAUAACGGAUUCCUCCGCCUUCUCCGAAUUCAAACGUGACUACGGCACCAGUCUGGUGACGGGCUUCGCGCGCAUACACGGCUACCCCGUCGGCAUACUCGCCAACAAUGGCAUACUCUUCUCCGAGAGCGCGCUGAAGGGCGCACACUUUAUACAGAUGUGCGCGAAGCGUCGGGUCCCGUUGCUGUUCCUGCAGAACAUCUCCGGUUUCAUGGUUGGCAGUCAGGCGGAGGCUGGGGGUAUCGCCAAGAAUGGGGCGAAGUUGGUUAACGCUGUUGCUUGCGCGGAUGUUCCGAAAUUCACGGUCGUGGUCGGCGCCUCGUAUGGCGCGGGGAAUUAUGGCAUGUGUGGGAGGGCAUACGGGCCGAGGUUCCUGUGGAUGUGGCCGAACGCGCGCGUCGGCGUUAUGGGUGCCGAGCAGUUGGAUGCCGUCAUGCGGACCGUUGGGAGGAAUGUGGAUGAGGGCUUGAAGGGGAGGAUCGAGGGGGAGAGUGAAGCUGUAUUUGGCUCCGCCAGACUGUGGGAUGAUGGCGUUAUUGCGCCCGAGGAUACUAGGGCCAUGCUAGGGCUGGGGCUGAGGGCGGCCAUGGGUGGGAGUGUUAGAGAGUCCGAUACCAGAUUUGGGGUUUUUAGAAUGUAGAAAGAUGCCGUUAUCGCAUAAAGCUUUGUCUAAUCCUUGCCAUCUUUAUCUUUCUUCCCAUCAUCUCCUUGGAACAUGCCUUUUGGGGAACUCUGGAAAAUGGAUAUCAAUUGUAAAAAAAAAAAAAAAAAAUUUAGAAAGAGAGAAUAAGCAAGUAUGUCACGAAAUUUUAAACGGCAAAAUAGGGACUGACUUGACAAAGCGAGGGAAAACAAGAGUAAAAAAAACAAAAAAAAACAAUCGGGACGCCAGUGAUUCGCCUUAUGCCACCCUAAAAACACAUUUCAUCCAUAACCAUUUCCAUAGUCCAUAGUCCAAUCCCAUAUUCGGUUUCAGUCCAGUCCAGCCCAGUCCAUUGGUCCAACGCUUUCCUGAUUUGCUCGCUUCUUUUCCGUUCCUCCGUGGGUCUACCUCUAACACCCCAUACACAAAUGGCGGUACCGGGAAAAUCCAAGCCAAAAGAAGCAAGGGAAAGGGGAGCUGGGAGGUUAAAAGAAGGGGGGAAUGAAAAAAAAAAAAGGGAAAAAAAGCAUAUCUACAACGAAAGGUUAAGGGAAAGAAAAAGAAUAAAAAGUCCAGCAGUAUCCCUCCUCUUUCUUCACAGUAUAACACAAAACCUCCUCUUCUUCCUCGCCGUCUGCGCAACCUUCUCACAGGAUCCGCCACCGCUCGCGCCCCCCCCACCCCCCGACCCGCCCGCAUCUGCCCUCAUCAUCUGCCGGCAAAGGUCUAGAAACACCUCAUCCACGUUCUGCCGCUUUCGCGCAGAAGUCUCGUAAAAGGGAACCCUCCCCCACUUCUGCGAGAGCAUAAUCGCCCUGUCGCGACGAACCGCACGGUCCUCUUCCAGAUCAGACUUGUUGCCAACAAUCACUAGAGGCACCGAGUCGGCUUCCUUUAUCCGGAGAAUCUGGUCGCGGAGAUCCGAAAGCUCUGUGAGGGUACUCAGGCUCGUGAUUGAGUAUACGAGGAGGAAGCCCUGGCCUGUUGGUCGUUGGGAAAUUCGUGCCGAGGGUUAGUUCUAAUGGAGAAAUAUUUGACUCGGGGGAAUGAGGGAGGAGAGGUGAGGUUAUAAUGUACCAGCUUUCAUGUAAAUUUCCCUGAUAAACAAUCGUCAACCAAAAUACAAAUCGGGGGAAGCAAUCGAGCAUGAGAGGGCGAAAAGGAAAAAAGAAAAAAAACUCACCUCAUGGCGGCUAUUACUCGCAAUUCCCAGCAGCCCAGUUAGAAAAGGUAGGGGAAAAAAAAGAAGAAAAGUUCAAUCCCAUCAUUCGCAUCCACCAUCCAUCCAUCCAUCCAUCACAAUCCCGAGGAAGAGAGAAGAACAGAAGAAGAGAGCAAGAGGAAAAGGCCCACUAACUAAAUUGUUCCGUCCCAGCGGUAUCCAAGCUAAUCAUCCAAACAAUCAGCAACCCCAAUCGAUCAAUCAAUCGGGCUUAAAGCAAAAACAAACGGGGGGCGGGAUGGCGAAGAAGGGGGGAAGGAAAGACACUGACAUUUCAAGAAUGCAGGACCGUCCCUUAAAAAGAUGCAAUCCCACUCAUUAGCUCAUGACCGGUCAGUCAGGAAUGAUAGAAGGGAAGACAAACAUCAACAUCAAUAACCUUUCUGUAGACAUCCUCGAUGGUAGGAUCGUAGUACUCGAUCCACUCGUUGUGCACGAAUUGCG